UUGCUCAUCGCGAGACUAUCCAGUCCUCUGCCUGAAUCCAGCUGGUAGCCUGCCUGCCGUGCCGUUGAGGGUUCUGUUGCAGUUGAGGUGAGAGUUGCCAUACAUCAUGGGGAACAUCUUUGGCAACCUUUUGAAGAGCCUGAUAGGCAAGAAGGAGAUGAGGAUUCUCAUGGUGGGGCUGGACGCUGCUGGGAAAACCACCAUCCUCUACAAGCUGAAGCUGGGGGAGAUCGUUACCACCAUUCCCACAAUCGGUUUUAAUGUAGAGACGGUGGAGUACAAGAACAUCAGCUUCACUGUGUGGGACGUGGGUGGCCAGGACAAGAUCCGUCCCCUUUGGAGGCACUACUUCCAGAACACCCAGGGGUUGAUCUUUGUGGUCGACAGCAAUGACCGUGAGCGGGUGAACGAAGCUCGUGAGGAACUGAUGAGGAUGCUGGCUGAGGACGAGCUGCGGGAUGCUGUCCUUCUAGUCUUUGCCAACAAACAGGACCUGCCCAAUGCCAUGAAUGCUGCAGAGAUCACAGAUAAGCUGGGCCUGCACUCUCUACGCCACCGCAACUGGUACAUUCAGGCCACCUGCGCCACUAGUGGAGACGGUCUCUACGAGGGUCUGGACUGGCUGGCCAAUCAGCUGAAGAACAAAAAGUGAAGAGUCCGGUCAGUAGAGUGGGGAAGAGCCUGGGUGCCAGCUCCAGGUAGUGGUUAUAUUUGGUCCAUUGUGUUUACAUGGAGAGGCAGUGCUAAAAAAACUCCUAGAGGGGUGACUCUCAAUGGCUUUCUCCUCUCCAAAAUACUUGUUUCAUUUUGAUUAAUUUAAUUUGUUUGGAUCUGUGGUGAGCGUUUUUAAAUAUUUACAAACAAAUGGUGUUGAAGUUGACCUAAAUGACUUACAUUCUACACACUCAAUACAUAAAUAUCCGGAUGUAAUAGUAUAAUGUAACUGUAAAGGCAUAUGUAUUUCCCCUACUUUGCAGUCUAUUUGACCUUUGACCUUAACCCCCUUUUAAUUUGUUCAGAAAACGUGAUGAUGUAGAUUGUCAAGAUGGCAGAGCAACCUUCCCUCAGAUACUUUACAGUUAAUGUAAAUUAUAAAGAAUGUCAUAAUAGUAUAGUGGGAGUACUAUCUCAGAAUAAUUUCACAUUGUUUGAAAACUGUAUACUCAUACAGGCUCUGAUAAAUGUAAAGUUGUCAUUUUCUGUCCAUACUUAUCUUUUACCACAAAAUUAGUUUUUGCUGGAAGAAAUUUAUGUUAUUUUAGAUUUUAUGCAAAUGUUUUUAUUAUUCAUUAUAUAUUUAUUUUAUUAGGCACAAAACCUGAUGACAUACUGGAAAGACAAAACUAUUUAUAUUUUUGUCAACAUAUAUUUAUUUGUGUAUUUAUUCAUAUUCGUUUGUUUAUUGGUUUUAUCUUCUAAGUGCAUUAUAUGGUUUCUCUCCCCUUAUUGCAAUGUGCAUUUACUGCUAAGGCAGCUAGUGAAAAAAGAAGCCCAAUCUGCAUGGAGAUGGAGAUGAUCCCAGUACUGGCUCAUGGGCUUGUAAGAGCUGUGAACAACUGCAAGCCGCUGCUGUAAAUACAUUUUUUGUAUUUGUUCUUAGUCGACUUGCUUGGCUCAAUAAAGGUUACAAUUAUUUGUCUGCCAGCAGAAAGGUGUGAUAUCUGAACUAAUACAGAUGACAGGCGCACUGUACCAGCUCUGUGGCAGAGAAGAAAAUGCUGCCAUUGGCCUGUGGAGAGUGAUGCAGCAGAGCAUGAGAUUGGCAAUAUCAGAGAGCUUACAUGGUUUUCGAAAGUUUAUUUUUCAAGUCAGUUUGUGCGAGCAGCUGCACUAUAUCCGUCAAAAGAACUCACAUUGCUUGUCAUCCUGAUUUAUUCAUACCUAAUUAGCGUGACAUUAUAUGUGUUUCUUGUGUUGACCGUAUCUCUGUAUUAUGUUGCACAAAAUAACUCUAGAUGCAUAAUUGUUGUACAAAAUGUAAUGUCUGUUUUUUCUUGUAUUUUUGAAUGGAGUAUUUAUUUAUUUUGGACCGAAAGACAAUUGUUGAUUUUAGUGUAGUUUUUAUUAUUUGCUAACUAGAUCAGACAAUUGUCUUUUUGAGUGUUCACACAAAUCACAUAAUUAAAAAAAUAUAUAGGAGAGAGGAUGAUAAUACUGCAUCAUAAGGCAUGUUAAUACUGUACAAGAUCUGUAAUAAAAGUGAAUUAUAAUAGCCUGUUUCCUCAGACUAUAUUUGUUAGUCUAAAUUACUGCUGCUGGAACAAUGCUGUACUGAUAAAUGUUAUGGAUUUAGUGUAAAGUUUACCGAACAACCUUCCAAUAUGCAAAAGCAUGCUUUUCUAUGUCAGCGCAACUGUAUAUAUGUUUAUGUAACAAGAAAAGUAUACCUUGGUAUUCACAGUCAAAUAGAAAGUGUUGGUGAUACACCUGUAGAUUUUGGGGUCAGUGUGUUGGCAGAUAUGUAUAACUGACAGUAGCUUGUGUGUGUGAUGUGCCCUCUAUUAUGUUUGGUGUGAAAAUUGUUUUUGUGGCCUUAUAUUGCCAGUAGUUUAUUUCUCUUUGAUAACAGGUUUGUAUGUUGGAAUGUCCAGCAUUUGAGUAUCUCACCUAUCUGUAACACUGAUGCACUGACAGUACUGUUGUGGCUAAACAUCCUUCUUUCAAUGACUAUUGGCAGAUUUUAACUAGAAAAAUGUUGAAAAGGAAGACUGCAUAACAUUCCAACUGAUAAAGGUUAUUCAAAAAGGAACAAAAAAAAUGAAUGAAUUUAUUUAGUGAGUGGAAUAUUAUCAAGAGGAGGAAAUAAAAACAACACAAACUGGUGCAAGUGUUGAAUGAUUUAAUGAUUCCUGGCACUACGUCGAUCAAUCAAUAAAAAGACCGAAACACAGA